AUGGCGCCCGUCGGCCUGAAGGCCGCCCUCGUCGCGCUCAGUGCCCCCGUGGCCCGCGCGCUGUCCCUGGAGGACUGCGGCAGCCCUUCGAUGGACUUCCCGACGUACGUCGAGAAGUACGGCCGCUCCUACCAGGCCGGCACGGAAGAGUACGUUAUGCGCCAAGGGGUCUUCGAGACGCGGGCCGCGCGGAUCGCGAGCCACAACUGCGCCCCGGCGGUCCUGCACAGGGCCGAGAUCAACCACCUCACCGAUUGGACUACGCAGGAGCUUGCGACGCUCCGGGGCCACAAGAUGACCCGCCGGGGCCGCAGCGGGACAGGCGUCGAAUCGACGCCGUUCUUCUUGGCGAAGCGUGGCAAGGGCGUCCACAAGGACGUGCCGCAGGACUUCGGCUGGGGACACCUGGAAGCCAUCAAGGAGAACAGCAGCGAGCAGGAAGUUCGAGGACCCGACUACGUGCUGCAGGUGCAUAUGUUGUACCGAGAUGGCUCUGGUGCUGUCCUGUGUUCAUGCUGCCACCUGCUGAUGUGGCGGCGAAGCUUAUGA